GUGUGAGGCACCGCCCUUUGCUUACCUGAGCGCAGGUUGUGGGUUCCCAUGGCAACGGGGAAUAGGGUUAGUUAUGAAGACGACUCCUUGUCCCCUCAGCUGCUAAAAUUGUUAUCUUCGCGCAAGAGGGUUUUUUGGGGUGCAGCUGGGCCAUGGCUUCUUGAGUUAUAGGAUGCUGCUUGUGAAUAAGCUAAAAUGACUGUGAAAUUGCUCUCUCUUCUGCCUGUGCCAUCUGUGCUCUUGGCUUUCUGCCUUGCCACAAGGAGUGAGCAGGAAAGGACAGCAGCUUUACAAGAAUUCUUUUCACUGACAGUUUCAUCUAAUUUAUCGUGUGUGGACCCAGAUCACUUCUAUGAUCACACCAUUUGGACCCAGCAAGAAUUGGUUAAUCAUUUGUUCUGCCCUUUGGAUAACCAGAGCCUCCAGCUUCUUCAGUCUACCUCAAACUUUAGCAUCCAGUGGAGCAAAAACUGUCAUCUGCUUAACUUCACUGCGUUAAGCCACCUGCACAGUACACUGCAGAACACAACAACAUACCUCACCUUUGAGCACGCAAAUGCCAGCGAUGCAGGCAACUAUACCUGCACACUCUACUUGAAUGAUCAGAGAAACAGCUCCUUCACUGUCCGGCUGGUCAUGGCAGAUAUUUGCAGUGUCCUUCCUCGUUUCCUUUACCCCUCCAGCAAUCUGACUUUGCAACGUGAUUUGGGAAGCCAGUUUACACCGAACUGCACUGUGCAGCUGCCCUACAUGAAAAGCUGUGAUUUUGGCCUCCAGUGGAUGAAAGAUGACCAGUUGUUAGACAAUGAGACCUAUGCUGCUUCUACUCAUUGGUUCAAUGACAAUAAAUCAGAGAUAUUUAUCUCCAGCACUUUGGAUAUGAAUGUAACAACAGAUGAAGAUUAUGGAGCAUUUGCCUGCUUGGUUAGAAACAGUACAGCAGUUUUCACACUUCAAAAAUCAGCAGAGACUGCUGGGCACUUGGGCGCUGUGCUAGCUGCACUUGCCACUGUGGCACUGCUGUUACUAAUGGCUGUGAUGUAUGUGAGGUGCCGUCUGAAUGUGCUCCUCUGGUACAGGAAUCGUCAUGGAGAGGUGGAGAUCAAUGAUGGAAAGCUGUAUGAUGCCUAUGUGUCCUAUUCUAACUCAACGGAUGAUAGAAAGUUUGUCAACUUCAUAGUGAAGCCACAGCUGGAGAAUCGUCACGGCUACAAGAUUUUCCUGGAUGAUAAAGACAUCCUGCCCAAUUCAGAACCUUCUGCAGAUCUGAUUAUGAAUGUCAGCCGGUGCCGCCGCCUCAUUGUGGUUCUCUCUAAUGCAUAUCUGGAACAGGAAUGGUGCAACAGUAAUUUCAGGGAAGGUCUUUGGAGGCUGCUGGAACUAUCCCGGAGGCCAAUCUUCAUUGUCUUUGAGAGCCAGUACCGAGAAAUAGUACAUCCAGCCAUAAAUUUGCUGAAGCAGCAGAAGAGUACAGUGACCCUUCUGAUGUGGCGUGCUGGGUCCAUGGCGCCUUCAUCUGAUUUUUGGAAGGAACUGUGCCUCGCCCUGCCACGAAAAGUGUCCUAUCAAGGCCUCAGGGGAGACCCCCAGACCAGUUUCCAGGAAGACAAGGACCCUAUGCUGAUCCUCAACAGCAAUUACUUGGAUUUCCGGGGGGAUUCGCACCCUGAAGGAGACUCUGUUGGCAGGGGGUCCAUUUUCAAAGGCCCACCGCCUCCUCCCAUGAGUGGCCCUGAUGGUCCUCCACUUGGUGCUUUGGAAGAAAUAGAGAUUGGGGAAAACCACAGGAGUGAGAUUGACAUCUCUGAUUUGGGAUCUCGGAACUAUGGAGCAAGGACAGACUUCUACUGCCUGGUGACAGAGGAUGAUGUCUAAGAGAUGCUGAAAUUUUCUUUGGUGAAACUGAUUAUCACGAUGUGCCUUGACAAUGACAAUCAGCUUGGGUAGUUUCUUUGAUCCAUAA